CCUUUCCCCUCGGUCCCAGCAGCAAGAUGGCGGCGGCCGUAGCCUCAGCGGGGCUGAGGAGGCGGCCGGGUGGCGUGUGGGGCGCGGUGGCCCGGCGGCUGCUGCAGGUGACUGCCCCGCAGAGCCAGUCCCGGGACAAACCCGAGACCCGCCACCCCCAGUAUCCCGGGAUCGUGGAAUCCACUGAAGAAUAUAAAUUUGUGGAGAGACUCAUUCCACCCACCAGAAUUCCUGCUCCCCCCAAACACGCCCAGUACCCCACCCCGUCUGGCUGGAGAGCCCCAUCAGAUACUCCACCUGCCCUUCCUUACUUUGUGAGACGGUCCCGCAUGCACAAUGUUCCAGUCUAUAAGGACAUCACCAGUGGCAAUAGGAGGAUGACUGUUAUCAGGAAAAUCGAAGGAGAUAUCUGGGCCCUGGAAGAGGAAGUUAAAGAGUUCCUCACUCAGCUUGCUGGGAAACCACCACCUAUUCAAGUCAACGAAAUCACUGGCAGCAUCGGUAUCAAGGGCUAUUUUGACAAUGAACUGAAAGAGUGGUUGUUGAACAAGGGGUUUUAAAUAAACCAACUAUCCCAUUUU